CAUAUGUUGUAAAAGCAACAAUUUCUGACUUCACUUUUAGAGAUACCUGGUAUUAUGUCCGGUGUCCCAAAUGUGCACGAUCAAUAUUCAAGAAAGGUGACGAGUGGUUCUGUACAACUCAUGGAACUGCCAAUCAACCAAAUUUCCAGUAUACACCUACAUUAACUUACAUUUUCCUUACUAUUCUUAAAAACAACAAUGUAACUAUAUUUGCACAUGCAGCUACAAAAUCGCAGCAGUUAUCGCAGAUGCAACAAACUCUACAACCAUCUUCAUGUCUGAUGAUGCCACACGUAGCCUCACAAAUACAUCCGUGCAAGAAAUGCUUAACAAGCACCCCGAUGACACCAAAAAAGUUCUACCCUCAACAAUUGAACAACUUAAAGGCUCAACAAGAAAUAUGUUUAUAGAGUGCAGCAAAUCAUCCAGUUCCAACAACAUCCUUCCUAUAAUCACCAAAUUAACUACGUGUGAAAUUUUAGAAAACCCAGCCAUAUCACCGCUAACAACAACAGUAACGCCAACAACAACAAAACACACCGGAAUCAACAACAAAGACGAGACGACACCUAAAAAAUCACGCAAAACUGGUAAACGCCUACCACUCGGCCCUACAGUUGAUGUUCCAAAAACCUCGCCUCAGAAACAGAAAAAAAAAAACAAGGAACAAGGAUAAACAUAAUCUCAAAUGUAACCCUCAAACACCCAAGCACAACCCACUACAUUGUUAAUAUCUUAUCUACACAUCCAAGGACAUGUAUUUUAUCUUUUCAAACAUCUAUGUAUAUAAACGAAACAAACAAUAAGGAUGGUGUUAAACUAUGUUAAAACAAUUGUAUCUUAUGUAUAACUGACAACCAUGGUGG